AUGGUCGACAGCAAUCGUCCUCCUGACGAGGCCUCUGGCGCUGUGCCCCAAUCUUCAAGAGGAAGGAGCGCCUCUACAUCGACAACAAUAAGAAAUCAGGACACUGCUGGUGCAAGGACUCAGUCAACAACCCCUAUCGUUCAAAAGCGAUCCGAACAUACAACCACACCAGUAUCACACCCUGCAGAGCAUGAGCCAGGCAGUGCUCCGUCAGAUACGUUCCACCAACAAACCUCUUACUAUCCUCAAAAUGUUAGUCAACACAGCCGGGGCUUUGAUCAGUCCGGUUUUCCGCUAUCCAGCGACCCUCGAGUCGUGGUAGCGGCAUCCCCUCCUUCGCCCCGACUACAACCCACAUAUCGCUCAACGAGAUCUCUAGGUGGCUCAGAAGCCACCUCUCCGAGUCGCAUAAAAGUCCGAGAUUUAUCACAUAUACGAAGCUUUGCAAGUGAGGAGUAUAUCAGCCAGCCUGGACUUGGAGGUCGGCCGACCAGCGGUGUCGCCGAUACGGGAAGACAAUAUGAGAUCAGCUCUAUGCCUGUGACGGACAUCAUCGAGAUGGUCGCUGGACUUCUGACCAAAAUCACGACUACAAACGACAGACAACAUGAACAUCUUCGACCACUCCCCCUCACCGAGGAACAAUCCCACCUGAAUCCGCACGCCUCUUGUGUGCUGGCUUUUCAUGGCAAGAAUGUGCCAGGAAUAACUAUCCUGAGUUAUUUAAGUCGGAUACAUAAGUACUGUCCGACAACUUACGAAGUCUUCUUAAGUCUGCUCGUCUACUUCGACCGAAUGACAGAGAUGGUGAAUCGAGGCCUUCUUGGAAAUGUUCACAGGCGGCCCGAUGAUUCGCCCGCAACAGCCCCUGAGUCGUCCACUCCAACACCACGUUCUCCUAUACCGAUGAUCGUGGAUAGUCCACAAGAACACCACGACAUCAGCACACCCCCUUCAUCAGGUGCUGCUGCAUCUUCUGAUUCACACGCCCAAUCCCAAGUCCCGUCCUCUCCACCCCCUGGUAUCCCAAGUGACUUGUCGCAAUUCUUCGUAGUUGAUAGCUACAAUAUUCACCGGCUAGUUAUUGCCGGUGUCACCUGCGCCAGUAAAUUCUUCUCGGAUGUAUUCUACACGAAUUCCAGAUAUGCCAAGGUCGGAGGUCUUCCACUAGCCGAGCUCAACAACCUCGAGCUCCAAUUCUUACUUCUUAAUGAUUUUAGACUCUCGGUACCGGUAGAGGAACUUGAAGCCUACGGUACCAUGCUAGUGGAAUUCUACGCGAGGGAAUUAGUCGCCCAGCAGCAGGCUGCACAGUCCGUCUCAUCACCUCAUUCUGCUGACGGCAUGUAUAUGCGGUCAGGGGCCGGGUCAAGAGCGUCGGGACCACCGUCUGCGGCGACGACACCGUAA